AUGCACAGGAAGCUGAUACUACCAACCAACAGCACAGCACAGCGUGGUGAUAGACGGGGCAGCAGGGAGGGGGGAGUGCGAAGAGCCUUGCAAAGGGGAUGGAGCGGGCGGGGCGGCGGGGAGGACAGAAGCUGCUGCAAGCACAGCGUGGCGGUAGAUGAGGGAGAGGUAGAAGGCAAGGCAGAGGAGGAGGAGGAGGAGGAGGAGGAGGAGGAGGAGGAGGAGGAGGAGGAGGAGGAGGAGGAGGAGGAGGAGGAGGAGGAGGAGGAGGAGGAGGAGAAGAAGAAGAAGAAGAAGAAGAAGAAAGGAGCUCCCUCAGAGAUUCAUUCCCCAUCUCAACCCCUUGGUGUCGUCCCAUAG